GUACAUGCAUCAGUAAUAUGAAACCCACCAUUCACUACCACUGAAUAGCACAGAAUUUGAAAGUAAUGUAAACAUUACAAUAACAUUCUCUAAAAAGAAUUCUUCCACUUUUGGAGUGAGUAAUGGGUGUAGCAAUGUUAGCUUGCAAAAGUAAUAUUUUGUAAGAAGUAGGACUUCAAUGGCAUAUUGUUGUAAGAAGUAAAUUUUGGGGGUUAUGAUUAAACAAUACUUUUAAAAUGGGAACAUGUUUUGAAACAUUGCAACAGUAAUUUGCAAAUUGUUCUCUUAUCAAUUCUAGUCUGUCUUAAGGCAACGAACAUAAUGAAAUGGCAAAGAGCAAAGUAGCAUGUUAUCACUGAAAUACUAAAACAGGCAAAAUUACCUUUGAAACACUAAAAGAAAUGAAAACAGUGAACUGCUUUUAAAAAACAUUCUAAUAAGCAAUGUGAAUGAAUAACAUUAAAACAUUAAAAAACUAUAAAAAUUGUAAUGGUGUGUGAUCUCUUAAGCUUGAUAUAUUUUGGGGUGUCAUUCUAACUUAAUUAAAGUCUGUGUCUUUGGGUUGCUGUGGGUUUUCUGGGCUGUAUGGCCAUGUUCCAUGUUCCAUGCUCCCAAUGUUUCUCCCACAUCUAUAGCAAGGAUCCUCAGGGGUUGUGAGGUCUGUUGGAAACUAGACAAGUGGGGUUUAUAUAUAUGUGGAAUGUUUGUUGAAAAGAUCAGCAACCUCAAUCUAAGCACCAAGGACAUCCUGAUCAGCUUUGAUGUGGUGUCCCUUUUUACCAAAGUCCCAGUAGCUGACACCCUCACACUAAUCAAACAAAACUUCCCAGAAGACAUCACAGCCCUGUUUCACCAUUGCCUCACCACUAGCUACUUUCAGUGGGACACUGGAUUCUAUGAACAGAAGGAUGGAGUGGCCAUGGGGAGCCCUCUCAGCCCAGUAGUAGCAAAUUUCUAUAUGGAAUACUUUGAAAAACAGGCCCUAGAAACAGCACCAAAAAAGCCAACUGUUUGGUUCAGAUACGUAGAUGACACCUUCACGAUUUGGAGCCAUGGAGAGGAAGAACUCAGCAAGUUCCUGGACCAUCUUAACAGCAUCCACCCAAACAUCCAAUUCACCAUGGAAAAAGAAAAGGAAGGAAAACUGCCAUUUCUAGAUGUUCUGGUCAUCCGCAAACCCAAUCAACAAUUGGGCCACACAGUUUACAGAAAACCUACACACACAGAUAGAUACCUUCAUAAAAACUCCAACCAUCACCCAAGUCAAAAAAGGAGCACAAUCAAAGCCCUGACAGACCGUGCACAAAGAAUCUGCGAACCUCACCUCCUCCAAGGUGAACUUAACCACCUAAACUGGGCUCUACAGGCCAAUGGAUACUCCACCACAGACAUCAGAAGAGCUGCAAGGCCAAGAACAAGUCAUGAGAGUCAAGACAAAGAUCCACCCAGAGGAAAGGUGUUCUUACCAUACAUCAAGGGAACUACUGACCGCAUAGGGAAGCUGAUGAAGAAGCACAACCUACAAACUAUCUACAGACCCACGAAGAAAAUCCAACAAAUGCUACGGUCAGCGAAGGACAAGAGGGAUCCUCUCUCUUCUGCAGGAGUCUACCGGAUACCAUGCAGCUGUGGACAAGUCUACAUAGGGACCACCAAACGCAGCGCCCAAACAAGAGUCAAAGAACAUGAAAGGCACUGCAGACUAAUUCAACCAGAGAAAUCAGCCAUAGCAGAGCAUUUGAUGAACCAGCCUGGACACAGGAUACUAUUUGAGAACACAAAAAUGCUGGACCAUUCUAACAACUAUCAUGUCAGACUACACAGAGAAGCCAUUGAAAUCCACAAGCAUGUGGACAACUUCAACAGAAAGGAAGAAACCAUGAAAAUGAACAAAAUCUGGCUACCAGUAUUAAAAAACUCAAGUCACUGUCCAAGCAUCUGGGACAGUGAUAUUCCUACGAAGCUACCAGAGAAGAUGCCAGUGACCUUUACAGGUCUGCAAAGAAUAAAUCUGGGACCUGUGUGA